CAAACCAUGAUGCCUCCUGUGAGCAGUUGAUGCAUAAAUGCGGGUCAUUCCAAAGGGCCGACUUCCUUUGCUCAGAAGCCUUCUGCAAUCACUGACCAAACUAAUCUCUAACGCUCACAUUCCACAGGUGGGGAUGUCAGUGCGCGCAUGCGUGCGGCGACCAAUAAAAACAACGGAAAGAACCCUGACCUCCACACUUCACGCACACAUCAAGAGAGACGCAACACGGCCGGCGCGUUCAAACGCUAAAAGUCACCCGACGACAUGGAGAUGGCCAUCGUCAAUCCGGACUUUCAGGACGAGGAAGUUGGCAAGAAAGCGGAGGAGACGGCGGACCCCCCCGCCGAGGAGUACGCGCAGAUCAAGCCGUACGCCGGCAUGCCCAAGGAGGUGCUGCUGCUUUACUCGUCGCGGCCCCGCUACCGAGUCCCGCGGGAGAUCCUCUUCUGGCUGAUGGUGGCGUGCGUGCUGUCGCUGGUGGCCGUCACCAUCAGCCUGGUGGCGCUGUCGCCCCGCUGCCUGGGCUGGUGGCAGGUGUCCCCGCUCUACCAGGUCUACCUCCCUUCCUUCAAGGACUCGGACGGGGAUGGCCUGGGAGACCUGAGAGGCGUGCGGGAGAAGCUCGGCCAUUUCCAGUACCUGAACAUCAAGUCGGUUUGGCUGAGUACUUUCUACCGCUCUCCCACGAAGGACGCGGGCUACGGCGCCGAAGAUUUCCGGGCCGUCGACCCGCUUUUUGGCACCAUGCAGGACUUUGACGACCUUUUGGCCGAGAUGCACAAAUUAGGUUUGAAGCUCAUCGUGGACUUGGUUCCCAAUCACACCAGCGAUAAGCACCGCUGGUUCAACCUGAGCCGCGCCAGAGAUCCGCACUACGCCGACUACUACGUCUGGGCUGACUGUGGUGCCGCCCAACCCAAGCCCAAUAACUGGGUGAGCGUGUUUGGGAACUCGUCGUGGACGUACGACGCGGUGCGAGGCCAGUGUUACCUGCACCAGUUCCUCAAGGAGCAGCCCGACCUGAACUUUCGAAACCCUCGCGUCCGUCAGGAGAUGCUCGAUAUCAUCCAAUUCUGGCUGGACAAGGGAGUGGACGGCUUCCGGCUGGGGGCGGUCAAGCACCUGCUGGAGGCCGCGCACCUGCGGGACGAGCCCCAGGUGGACCCCAAUAUGCCCCCCGAGGGGGCGACUUCCGAGCGAGACCUCCACCACGACUUCACCACCACGCAGCUUGGCCUGCAUGAUCUGCUGAGGGAGUGGAGGGCUCGUAUGGACGUCUUCAGCCGAGAGCCGGGCAGACACAGGUUAAUGGUGACCGAGUCACACGAUGGCAGCGAGGUGGAAAAGACCAUGAUGUACUACGGGACCCCCCUGGUGAAAGAGAGCGACUUCCCCUUGAACUUGUACCUUCUGGACUUGCCUCACAACGGCAGCGCCUCGCGGCUCAAACAUCUGGUGGAUCUUUGGAUGGCCAACAUGCCGGCGGGACGCUGGCCCAAUUGGCUGGUCGGGAGCCGCCACGCGCCUCGCGUGGCCUCGGCGCUGGGUCGGCGCUACGCGCGGCUCAUCAACAUGCUCUUGCUGACGCUUCCCGGGACGCCGAUCACCUACUACGGCGAGGAGAUCGGCAUGGAGAACAUCAACGUGACCGACGGUCGGCCGGACGACUCGGCGGGCGGCUACGACGAGAGCGUGAGCGGAGCCCCUCAGCGCUCCCCCAUGCAGUGGAGCGCCGACGCCAACGUGGGCUUCAACGACCGCACCAACGUGACGUGGUUGCCCGUGCAUCCCGACUACCGCCGCGUCAACGUGGAGGUCCAGAAGGGAGACGAAGGCUCGGCGCUGUCUCAGUACCGCCGUCUGAGCGGGCUGCGGCAGCGGGAGCCGGCCCUGCAACGGGGCUGGUUCUGCCACGUCGGCGCCGACCGCGGCGUCUUCACAUACUUGCGCGAGCUGGACGGGCUGGAGCGCGCCUUCCUCCUGGUGCUGAACUUGGGCAGCCGGGCGGCCGUCACCGACCUCUCGGCGGUCGCCGAGCUGCCCGAGCGCUUGCGGGUCGCGAUGAGCACCGAGCGGGCCGUCGACGGCGAAGCGGUCGGCAAGUCUCGGAUCGCCACCGAGGCGGGAGAGGGUUUGAUGCUGGAGUUUUCCUCACACGCUCGCUUUCACGCCAAGCACCCGGACCUGUGCCACAUCUCAGAGAAGGCUUGCUAUUUUGGCGCCUUGGACAUUCUCUACACCUGCUAAGCGAUGCGCUGGGCUGCGCGAUGCUCAAUAAGAAACCCACACUGCAGUCA